AAAAGCAAAGGUCAAAGCAUUUUCUCUCCCGCUUCUUUCUACACUUCCAAUAACUCAUAACCUCCAAAAAAAAACCCAUUAAAAAGAAAACAAAAUUAUAACUUUCCUUCAUAAUAUAAUUUACCUUGUAUAAAAUAAAUACCAGUAAAAAUAAUAAUAAUUCAGAAUCUAGGAGUAUUGUUCUUCUUUGUUGCCUUUUCUUCCUCCCCUCUUCUCCAGUGGGCAGGAAGUGCAAGUUGUAAGGUAGCAGUACUUGGUAGGGUCUGCACUAGCUCUAAUUUUUAGUGCUGUGGAGGACAGAGUCGGUGGCUUUUUCCAAAUUUUUUUAAAAUUUUAAUUUUUUAUUUUAUUUUCCUUUGAUAUUCUGAAGUAAAAUUUAUAAAGUUUAGGUCUUUAUAGUAUAAGGAAUUCUUCAAAUUUGAUUUUAACUCAAAGUUUAUUCUGAUUCUCCUUGAACAAAAAAUUCUGGGCUAUUCUGAAACUUCAUUUUCCUCUCUUAUUUCCUCUGUUCUUGCUAUUUUGAUCAUCACCUCAACCCCCCUUUAAAUUCACCCAUUUCAUCUCUCUUAAACCCCAUGAAUUAAAAUUCAAUUCUAAAUUUUUAGUGAGAGAAACAAAAUAAACAUAAAUCACAAUUUCAAAAAAAAAAAAAAAAAAAAAAAAAGGGGUUUUGGGAGGGAGAGAAAUGGGAGCAAUAUAUCCUGCUUCUUUGUUUACAAAUUCAAGUUAUGAUAAUUGGCUAUUUCCUGGGGAAUCCAAGAGUACAAUAUGGACAAAGGAAGAGAACAAGAGAUUUGAGAAAGCACUUGCAAUAUUUGAUGAGAAUACCCCUGAUAGAUUUUUAAGGAUUGCUGAUAUGAUCCCUGGAAAAUCUGUUUGGGAUGUGAUGAAACAGUAUAAAGAAUUGUUGGAAGAUGUAACCGAUAUCGAAGCCGGCUUGGUUCCGAUUCCUGGCUAUCUUGCUUCUCCCUUCACUUUGGAGUGGGUUGAUAAUGGCAAAUUUGAUCCUUUUAGGAAGAGGUCUGCGGCUUCUAUGGCUAUGUCUAUGUCUAUGUCUAGGCCUCAUGAACAAGAAAGGAAAAAGGGUGUGCCUUGGACUGAGGAUGAACACAGGCGGUUUCUGCUUGGACUUCAGAAGCAUGGGAAAGGGGACUGGAGAAACAUAUCACGGAACUUUGUUAUAUCAAAGACCCCGACCCAAGUGGCUAGCCAUGCUCAAAAGUAUUUCCUAAGGCAGAGUUCGGGUGGGAAGGAUAAACGAAGACCUAGCAUUCACGAUAUCACAACUGCUAAUCUUUCUGAUAAUGCUAUGCCAUCAGUUUCAGAAACUGAUGAAAAGCCCAAAUCACUCUUAGAACACUCGUCUGGCUCAUUUCCAUUGCUUCAAAAAUCGUUCAACAUCAUGCCUAAGAUGCUACUCGAUUGGAGCAACACGAAUGGUGAAGCAUUCAUGGUUUUCGACUCCCCUCAUGGGCGGCAAAAUCUGUACAGUAGUGCCUACCAAGGAGCCUCAGCCUAUGUAGGAUCACAUUAGAGUAAGGGUAAUACAACUGGUAAACUAUCUCUUAUGGUUCUUGUGUGGUACAUCAUCACAUGUCUCAAGCUCAUCAGAUUUUAGUCUGUAGACAUCAACAGAAUGUGAAAACAUCUCAAUCUUUUGAAGGGUAUAAUGUAUAUUUGAAUUACGAUUUCCUUUUGAGAGUACUCGUGAUAUCUAGUCGUCUAGGUCAAUAUGAAGGUUAAUUUUUUCGCGUGCUGUUUAUAAUCCUUAGAUGGGUUUCGCGUCUUAUGAGAAUGAAUAAGUCAGUUUCUUCAGCUUCAGAAAA